AUGAGUUUGGAUCGAGUCAUCCAAGACUCCGACGAGGAGGAUCCCCUCGUGGAGGAGAGUGCCCCGACCUCGAUCGACGCACCCCAGAAAUACGACCCCCAAUGGCAGCAGAUCGAUCAUGCAUCCGCCGAGCUCGAAAACCACGCGGCGAUUGAUGAGCACCGUCCGAGCAGCAAUGCAGGCCCGCAAAUCAAUGUGAAUUUCGAUGACUUCCUGCAGUCCCAGGAAAUGGCGCAAACAUCAAUUUCAUUGUCGCAGCAGCGACGAGAAGAGCGAUGGAUUCCUUCGACUAGCGAUGGUGGGGGUGGAUCGAUUGGUAAGUCUGGUCAUAUUAUGGUUACCGCAUAUGGACGCGGCCCAGCUUUGGAUGAUAUAGUGGAAGGGAGCAUGGCACUGAUUUGGGAAUGCUUUAGGUGCCAUGAUGAUGGAAAUCGGUCUUGCGCAGAAACGGCUGCUGGACGACGAUACGUCCAGUGCCGGCCAGCAAUUACCUUCCACCGAAACUCCUCACUGGACAGAGUCGACGUACCCGGCUUCAAUCCCUACAGUCUCGGCGUAUAUGCCAUCCCAUUUGAGCGGAAUGGAAAAUGGGACUCCUCCUUUCUCGGCCCUGCCAAUGGUAUUCCAUAUGGGACCAAUUCGGGCAUGCCUCCCACCGACAGCACAGCCUACGACCCCACUGCGCCUGCUACUUCAAAUUAUGCGGAGCUCUUGCCGACUGUGUUGAAUGGCACUUCAAUUCCGGCUACCGAGCAUUCCAUCUUCAAGGGACUGAACGAACCUACACUAUCAAAUGGAUCGCAGAAAGCCACUCACCGAUCCAAGUCUCUCCAGAUGGGUCCCUACUCGCCAAAUGACACAGAGCCAAUGUCUUCUGUUAAUUCGCCACGGAUGGGCAGAGCAAAGAGCGAUCACGCCGCACUCGGUCUGAUUUCUCCGUGGCAGUCUCAGACAAGCGCGCACGACGAACUCUCAUUGCCAGCUGCGCCUGUGGAUAUUUCCACCGCAAAAAAGAAGCGCGGCCGCCCCAAGAAGCAGUCAUUGCCAGAGAACGACGAGGAUGAUGAACUCGCAAACUCCCGAGACCACGAGUUCGACCAGAGUGCGACUGAGAAACGACGGCCAGGGCGACCUCCCAAAAAUGCCGAGUCACUGCCUACGAACGGCGAUCAAGUGAAACCACCAAGCAAUGGUGUGCCCACAAGUGGCGUGAAUGGGAGCGCCCCAAGUAUCAAUUCUCAGCCUAUCGAUGAGGGCUCGAAUCAAAACACUGAGACUCCAUUACCCCCUGCAGUCGAUGCCAAACCAGUCCCUGCAGAACCAAAGAAAAAGAAGGUGAAAAGAGGCAAGACAACGUCGGCCGCUGCCACAAAAUCCCUUGACCCAGAUAUCGAAGAUGAUGUGAUCUGGGUGGAAUCCAGGCCACUUCACGUGGAUGCUGCCAACAAUGCCAACUCCGAGACUGGCGAUGCAGCCGCUACAUCAUCUUUCAUUGCAAAUACCAGGGAGAACGGAAAACUCCAACAAGCCGACCAAGCACCCGCCCCUAAGAAGCGUGGCCGAAAGCGAAAGAAAACCACCGACCAAGCCACCGCAGACUCAACACCUGGACCCGAAACAGAGCAACCACCAGAAACUGCCCCGGGAGCUCUCAAUGGGGCUCAAGUUUCCGUGGUCGUGGAGGGGAAUCCAACCCAUAUAUCCGAGCCCAAAGACGAUCAGCCUAAAGAAAUACCCAUGCCUCAAAACCCACCAUCCGCAAAACCCGAGUCUGUCGCCGCCGCAGAACCCAUAAAUGAAAGCCCCACCGAUCUCCCACAAACACCCUCAAAAUCGCAAGAACCAGGCCCCAGCACACCCCAGAACACAGGGAAUGGGUUAAUCCCUGACAAAGACUCGCGCAAGGGACCAGGGAAACACAGUCCCAUCGCGUCAACGGGCAAAGUGCCGUACCGCGUGGGCCUGAGUCGCAAGGCGAGGAUUGCGCCGCUGCUGAAGAUUGUGCGGAAAUAA